AUGAGUGCCAAGCCUGCGCCGUACAAUGCAACCGCUCCGCGUCAGAAUAAAGCUGUAUCUGGCCGUGACAAGUGGUCUGAUAUAGAUCACCCUUAUAUGCCGCCAAUGAACUCUUUCUUCAAGAUAGCGUUGGAGGACGCAAACAAAGAUAUUAUUUGCAUCAAGCAUCCCAGAGACAAAAUGGAUGAUGGGUACUCGCUUCCCGAUCCAGGUUUAUUCGUUAACGUUCUUUCCCCGCAAUCCUUGGUGAAGUACCUUGCCAACUGGCUGGCAUGCCGCCCUACCUGGAUAGAACGUGUCUAUGACGAAAGGCCUCGACCUCUUCCUCGCGCCCAGAACUGGCGCGAUUUCUUGAUAUCUCAGCACGCUCAGGAACCUUCGAACACGCGGACGUCCGGCAAGACCAGCAAGUCGAAAGCAGCGACUGCUUUACUUUUCCAAAAGGAAGUUCCGGUACUGCGGGCCUUGUGGGCAGGACCCACAAAUGUUCACUGGCGUGGAAAGGAUAUAGCCAUUUCCACGCUCGACAAUCCCCCCGCAGAUCUCGCACGCCAAAUCGUAUAUGAAAUCUGUGAGCAAAGUUUUCGAUAUGAGCUUCUGGACCUGGAUGAGCAUCUUGGGCGCGAUGCACGUAAGGACAAGGAGGCGAGGAAGGAAAGGAUGGAGCUUCUUCGUAGCAUCUUCCCGUCGAAGUCGUUGAAAGUUUGGAACAGGGACUUACCUCAAGAGAACGACGGACUCAAUGCGCCAUCUUUCGACGCCGCUUUACCAUAUUUCGAAAGUUUCCGCAAGGUGUUGUCAGCGUGGGAGCACUUUCCCGAGUCCCUCAAACAACCUUUUGAUGCUACCGGACGUGAGCACAACAUAUGGAAGGGGAUGAAGGAAUGUUGUCUCUUUUACGUUCAGUCUUAUUUCGACAAUACUGGUCGUCCACCUGUCGUUCCUCACUUACUGUAUUCGGUCGCCUAG